UAAAUCAUUUCUACAAUACAAAUUCAUAGUUAUCCAAUUUUCCUGGGCAUUCAAUCAGGGUUUCAUUUUUCCCAAUGCAACACUGUAGUGCAUUUUAAAAAUGUUGCCAGAUUCUGCCUGGCUGUGAUGCACUUAUCAGUAAGAAAAAAAAAUGGCCUUUCCACACCCCACAAUGAGAUUUUGACACUGUUCACCAAAACCCCUUCAUCUAAUCUCUUUUCCUGCGUGAACAACCACCACCGUUUUGUCUUUACCCAUGGCCAAAAUCUGGAUUGAAGUGUGCUUGAUAUCAGCUCGUGGUGUGAGGGGUUCACCCUCACUUUGGAAGCGUCAGUGGUAUGCAGUUGGGUGGGUUGAUCCUAAGAGCAAGUACUGUACCAAAGUUGAUGCUUCUGGGAAUGCCAACCCUCUUUGGAGGACCAAGUUUGCCAUCCAGGUUGAUACCUCCAACCCAGAUCUGGCACUCCACUUGGAGGUUUAUAGCAGAGAUCCUUUGUUCCUCACUGAGAAGCUUCAUGGCUCCGCAACAGUUGUUCUCAGAGAGUUUUUGGCAAAGCAGGUCCACAACUCUGAAGAAGUAGGAAGCUACCAGUUGAGAAAGAAGAAAUCCAACAAACCAAGUGGCUUCAUUGAUAUUUCAAUCCGUCUUUCUGAGAACAAGGAGGACCCUACUUUCCACCCACAAGGUAAUGGGGAAGGAGUAGUGCUGCUAGAUUAUGGCAAUGAUACUCACUUGACCCCAGGGGGUGGAUUUGGACAAGCCUACCCACAGAAAAAGCCUCAAGCUUCAAUCCAUCAUUUCCAUGGGACAGGAAAACAGACCCAAAAUAAUGUCCCCUACACACAUCCAGUGCCAUUUCCUGCAGACUACGCUACUAAUCCUCCUUAUAUGAGUGGACCAAGCUAUCCUNAAACUUAA